AUGCAAUAGACAUCAGCAGCAGCAGCCACAACUUCAGCCCAAUGUUCGCCCCAUCAUGGCCUGUUUUCCUGGGAGUGGGACUGACAAUUCUCCCCUGCUCCAGGUCCAGAAGGUGGGCUCCAACAAGGCCCCUGGACUCCUGCCAACCAUUUACAGCCCCCUCAGUGGCAUGGAGAGCUCCAGCCUCUGCAUCCCCUCUUCCCACACAGGCAGCAGCCAUGAUUACAGCCCUGUAGCCUUCUACAACCACUCUACGCUGGGCUACAGCAGACCAACCAUCUCCGACAGCCCCUCUCUGUGUCCCCCACUCAGUCCCCACCUCUUCUGGCCCCCCAAUGACCACGGCCAGCACAACAUGCCCCCGCUGACCCAGCACUGUCCCCACCCCUUGCUGUACAGCAAUCCCAACUACCCCGCCCCCUUUGAAGAGCCUAAACCCCACAACCUCAACCUCACCCCUAGCAGCUCUCUCCUCCACCCUACCAAGCUGCCGGGGAAAAAAUUCUGUGCCGUAUGUAAUGACUACGCUUUGGGUUACCAUUACAGCGUGCAGUCUUGUGAGGGCUGCAAGGCCUUCUUCAAGAGGAACAUCCAAGGGCACAAGGACUACGUUUGUCCAGGGACUAACCAGUGCACUAUCGACAAGAACCUCCGUAAAAUGUGCCGGUCCUGCCGCCUACGCAAGUGUUAUGAAGUGGGCAUGAAGAAGUGUGGGAUGAGUCCGGAGCACUACAGUUACAUGGGGGCGAGGCACAGGCGUGUGCCUCAGGGGUGGGGGGCACCAGGCGGGCUGGUGGGGGUCGGUGCCAGGGCCCAGUGGAAUCUGGAGGGGGGCUCCCUCCCCCUGCUGGAGGUGCACCACUCAUCCCUGACCCCUGAACAGCUGAUAUCCUGCAUCAUGGAUGCGGAGCCGCCAGAGGUCUACCUGAUGGAGGACCUAAAGAGGCCCUUCACUGAAGCCAGCAUGAUGAUGUCACUCACCAAACUGGCCAACAAGGAGCUGUUCCUCAUGAUCAGCUGGGCCAAAAAGAUCCCUGGCUUUGUAGAGCUGAGUCUGACGUACCAGAUGCACCUGUUGGAGAGUUGCUGGUUGGACGUGCUGAUGCUUGGUCUGAUGUGGAGGUCUGUCGACCACCCUGGGAAACUCAUCUUCUCAGCAGACCUAAAGCUCAACAGGGAAGAGGGGAACUGUGUGGAGGGAAUCAUGAUUACAUUUGACAUGCUACUGGCAGCCACCACUAGGUUUCGAGAGCUGAACCUCCAGAGAGAGGAGUAUGUCUGUCUGAAAGUCAUGAUCCUCCUCAACUCCAACAUAUGCUCUACCUCUCCGGAGAUGGCAGGGAAUCUGGAGAGCAAGGGGAAGCUGCAGCUUCUGUUGGACUCAGUGACAGAUGCCCUGGUGUGGGCCAUCUCCAAACAAGGCCUGUCCUUCCAGCUGCAGUCAACCCGCCUUUCCCACCUCCUCAUGUUGCUCUCAGACAUCUGCCACGUCAGUGGCAAAGGCAUAAACCACCUCUCCAGCAUGAAGAAUAAAAAUAUUGUGCAGGUCUCCGACCUGCUCUUGGAAAUGCUCACCAACACAUGCAACAGAAGCCGUAUGUCCGCACCUCUUGACCCCUAUAAUCACGACCUCACCAUGCUCCCAGCAGCCCAAGCCCCUGCCCCUACCCAGGCUUCAGCCUCUGCUGUGGACCCCCAGUUCCAGCCACAUUCCCUAUAGCCACCAUCCCAAACACUUGA